CGCCAUUUUGAACAUCUUCUCCGCCCGAGGUUUUACGUAUGGCUUCUACGCGAGGGAAGAAGUUGCAUUUUUCUUCUUUUUAUUGUAAAAUCUACCAAGACUGACAACCAAGCAAUGCUUUAAGGACUCAUUGUCCUCGAUAUUAUUUUUUAACAAAUCCUUUUUUUUAUAUAUAUAUUAUAUGGAUACGUGUAACAUUCAUCAUGAAGUCAAAGUUUGAAUUUGGGCGUUCAGGAAAACGRAAAGACUUCAAGGAACUUUUCGACUUUCCAGGAGGGUCGUCUGUUAGGAGAAGUCCUUCACAAGUCAGCUUAAAGAGCUUAUUGAAAUCAAGGAAUCCUUUCAAAAGCUACAAGGCCAUGGGUUUAGUAUUAAUACUGCUGUUAUUGUUUGGACUUCUCGCAAGAGCCUUCAACAAUUUCUCGUUGGAAGGGAAUUUUUCUAGAACCGACCACUUCUCGAGAAACGUUUCUUUCGCCCGACGAUACUUGGAGUAUGGAAUAAUGUUUGAUGCUGGAAGUACUGGUAGCAGAAUACAUGUUUACGCGUUUAAAAAGAAUCCAGAUGGUCAAUURAUUUUAGAAGAUGAAUUAUUUGAACAAGUUCAGCCAGGUCUAUCAUCAUAUCCAAAACAGGGUGCAAUGUCUAUUUACAACCUUCUACAAAAAGGAAAGGACGUGAUUCCUCCCAACAAAUGGCAUAAAACACCUGUGGCUUUGAAGGCUACUGCAGGACUGAGGUUACUGCCACCAAAAGCCUCAAAACAGCUACUACAGGAGGUAUAUAAAGUCUUCAAAGACUCACCCUUCCAUGUGACUGGUGAAAGUAGUGUUUCAAUCAUGGAUGGCUUAGAUGAAGGCAUCUUUGCAUGGGUCACUGUUAAUUUCCUUAUAGGGAAGUUCAAUCAUGGAGUUGAAUCAUUGGUGGGUGCUUUGGACCUAGGUGGUGGAUCCACACAAAUCACCUUUUACCCUAAGUCAGAGGAUACAAUUGCUAAUUCCCCAAAAGACUUCACACAGAAGGCUAAAGUGUUUGAUCAGGAAUACAAACUCUACACACACAGCUACCUUGGGCUGGGUCUGAUGUCAGCAAGGGCAGCCAUUACAUCACAAGGUGCCAAGACCACAGAUUCCAAUGGUAAUGAUAUCCGUCAAAGUCCCUGUGUUUCUCCAAGUCAUACUGUCAAUUGGAUGUUUGGUGGAAAGACUAUUACAGUCAGUGGACACUCAAACUACAGUUUUGAUGCCUGUUUGGACCAUGUCAAAARAAUAAUCAAUCCCGUAAUAGAUAGGCAAGAUGAAAUGAAUGAGCAAACRUUUUACAUCUUUUCAUAUUUUUAUGAUCGAGCAGUUGACUUGAAUCUGAUAGACGUUAGAAAAGGAGGAACUAUAACYGUUGGGGAUUUCAUAGAGAAGACAAAAGAAGUGUUCUCUUCAUCUCGAAUCAGAGCCAAUAAGCUUGCAAGCUUGGAUGCAACAUACAUUGUUGCCUUACUAAAAUAUGGUUAUGGAUUCCACAAUGACAGAAAACUAAUUUUACAGAAGAAAAUUAACGAUGUUGAAGUGAGCUGGGCACUUGGRGCAACACUAGAUAUGUUUAGUAAGAGAUGAGCAAGGCAAAGAAGGUAGAUCCAUGCAUUAUUAUAGUUGCUUUGUCCUAUAAUUUUUGAAGACAAACUAGGGAGACUGGUUUCAUUAUAUCUCUUAACAUAGGAAGGAAGGGGAAUUGCUUUCUCGUUUUAAACCAAUUCCCUUGAGUAUGGUUUCUUCAUUUUCCGGUCAUGCUCAAUGGAAAACAUUUAUAUGAAUGAGACUUGGAAAAUCUUGAGGGCUAAAAGGGGUAAAAAGUACAGAAAGUUUAAGAGCUUUUUCCAGAAACAUUACUAAGAAGCAUCAUUUAUUUAUAUGGUUUGAUUAAUGGAGUUAAUGAUUAAUUAAUAAAUAACUCCAUUAAAAAGU